AUGCGGGAAAGUGAUUUGGCAAGGAACAGAUUUCAUUUACGUCUGGAAGACAUUCGUCGUCACUUCAAGGAAGCUUUCCAAGAACGAAGUACUUACGUGAUCAACAUAUGCCCAAUGUGCAAUUAUUCCACACCUUACAAAAGCAAUUUGAAAAAGCAUAUGUUGGUACACAGCCGAUUUCGACCUCACGUGUGUGACAUCUGCUCAAAAAGUUUCAGUCAGAAAGAAAAUCUGAAACAGCACAUGAAAGUUCACACCGGAGAACGGCCAUUCUCCUCAAGCUACUGUCGUCCGACAAAAACCUAUUUAACCCUGUAUGAAAAGUUGAGAGUUAUUGAAGAAAGCGAAUCAAAUCCAAGCGAAAAGAAGGUGAACAUGGCGAAACGUCUGGGUCUCCCAGCGUCUACGCUGAAUACGAUUCUCAUCAAGAAAGAUGAAAUUCGAGAACAGAUCCUCAAGUUUGGACUAUCAAGUACCACAAGAAAAACUCGCAAGGAGUCAAAGUACAGUGAUCUAGAAGUUGAAUUAUUUGAGUGGUAUAAAUGUGAAUUAGAAGCAGGUUUUCAAGAUCCUGAUUAUUUUUUCUAUAAAAACAAAGCACCCCAGAUUGCUGUUCUAACUUGUACAGUUUGCAACUACAGUACAGUCAACUCGGCUCACAUGAAGAGACAUGCAGUUGUGCACAGUGGUGAGCGACCUUAUGUUUGUGAGUUCUGCAACAAAACAUUCAAUCGGAAGGAUUACCUUAAGAUUCACAAGAUGAUCCAUUCGGGAGAGCGACCUUUUGAAUGCCCCCUCUGCUCUAAGGCAUUUACUCAGAAACAAAGUUUGAAAAUGCAUCUUACAACCCAUAUGAAGUGAUUGUGUACUUGGAACAACAUAUUUUUUUAACAAAUACUAAUGGAUGACAUCCAGAAACUGCAGUUUUAGCAUUAUUUGAGAUCAUCAGUCCAGAAUCGGUAUAACAGAUCUAGAGGCGGCAAACGUCUCAUAUAAGCUGAGCUUACCUUCAGACUGGUAGUUAAAAUUCUUUAGCACACCAGCAGGGGAUAGGCAAAAAUGGUGAGGGAAAGCAUUAAGUGAAGGUAAAAGCUGGGGAAUGUUCAGGGGAGUGCACAGAAAUUUUAGGGUUCGUACAAAUGACUUUUACGGGCCUCCCUCCUUAUUGUUUACCCCUACAUAUGUUUCACCCCUCAUUUUAAAAAUCUUGGGCCCCCUUGAGGUUCGAGCCCAGGCCAACAGGUGUUCCCCCCCCCCCCCUGUGCAUGCCCCUGGGUAUGUUUCUAUAUGCAGUUAAAGCUGUUUGUAAUUCUGCCUAAGCUUUGGUUAUGGGGCUAAUACUUGUAACUUUAUACUAAUAAAGUGUAUUAAGGAUAAUAUGUGUCUAACUAGAAUAAUUUAUACUUUCUUAUCUUCGGGUGUUAUUCCUUGCAUUUUGUAUUUAUGACAUCAUGUUGUUCACCAGUCUAGAAUCCUUUCUGAAAUACUGUUCAUAAUGUGUAAAACUCUGAUGCAAUAUCAAUUUACUCUCAUACUGAAGUUAA